AUGGAAUACGCUGCAGGCGGCGAUUUAAACUGGCACAUAGAAAAUUAUGGAGCAUUUACGGAACCAAAAGCCGUGUUCUACGCCGCAUGUGUGGUGCUAGGUGUCACGUAUUUACACGAACACAACAUCGUUUAUCGGUUAGUACAAUGUUAAAUAUCAUUUCUACAUAUUACAUUGUUGUUAAUAUGGUGCGUUUAUUAUUGGUUAGAGAUAUAAAACUAAACAAUUUAAUUAUGACAACGGACGGCUACAUAAAAAUAGCGGAUUACGGUUUAUGUAAGCUAAAUAUUGGAUUUGGAGAUCGAACAUCAUCGUUUUGCGGGACUGCCGAAUUUGUAGCGCCAGAAAUAUUAAUAGAGACGUCGUACACACGAAGUGUCGAUUGGUGGGCUUUUGGUAUUUUAAUAUACAAAAUGCUUGUGGGAGAA